AUGGGCGACGGAGAAAAUUUCAAUCUCGACGAAGAAAGCGAUGACGAAGACGACUACGAUGAGGAUGGUAUCAAUCUAUCUCCGAACCAAGAAUCUGCUCAAUCGACCAACACAAUACUUUCUUCGACUGACAUGAUGCCUUCCCCAACUGGAGGGGCCUGGUUUAGUCCCGAUGGGCACGAUGACGAGCUCAUGGCACUUUUCUCGAGCCACGAUGCGUUCCCAACCAUACCACCGGCGGCCAAUUUUGCCCAAGAACCUUUGGCUUCUAACUUAGGCACACUCGAGCAUUCGCUGUUAUCAGUGAAGCGCCCUCUACAUCCGGAAACAGGGCAAUUGUCAUUCAUUAACAACACCACAAGAGCUGAGGCCAAUGGCCUUGGCCAGAUUCAGGGUAAUAGCGCAGGCGAUCCCGCGAUCCCGCUGUCCCCGGGUGGUGGCGGUUUUUUCACAGGAGCCAAACUAGG